AUGUCUCGCCAACAACACGACUACUCAUCCUUCGGUGGUCCCGACGCUGGUGGCCGUGAUUCCGAAUCCGGCGGCUUCAACCAGUCGUCCUUCGGUGGUGGCCGUGACGACAAUGAGCGCGGUGGCUUUUCUCAUGAGAACAAAUCAUCCUUUGGUGGUGCAGGUGGUAACUUUGAAACUGGCGGUCACGACUACUCAUCUUUUGGUGGUUACGGCGGUGAUAAUGAGCGUUCCGUGGGUGGCUUUUCCGAAGCUGGUCGCAAGGAAUCAUCUUUCGGUGGUGACGAUGAGCGUUCCGGUGGCUUUGGCGGUGCAGGUGGUAACUUUGAAACUGGCGGUCGUCACAGCUCAUCUUUUGGUGGUGGUUACGGUGAUGAUAAGGAGCGUUCCGGGGGAGUCUUUUCCGAAGCUGGGCGGAAGGAAUCAUCUUUUGGUGGUGACGAUGAGGGCUCCGGUGGCUUUGGCAGUGCAGGUGGUAACUUUGAAACUGGCGGUGGCCACAACUCAUCUUUUGGUGGUGGUUACGGCGGCGGUGAUAAUGAGCGUUCCAAUGGUGGCUUUUCCGAAACUGGUUAUAAGGAAUCAUCUUUCGGUGGUGACAAUGAGCGUUCCGGUGGUUUUGGCAGUUCCGGUGGUAGGGAAGGCGGAAGAUUCGGCAGCUCUGAAGAUGCACGUGGAGGUCGGUUCUAA